AUUUAAGAUUGAUGUAUUAUUUGUGUAUGUCAGUUAUCUUACCUUCCAUUAGGUACACAAAGUGAAACAGAUUCUACUUUUCACAUGCUUCUUCCAGAACUGUUCCUGUGGAAAAGUUUCCAGACCACUUCUACCAGUUAAGUGUGGAUGACAACAGAGGUUUCAGCCAGGAAUAUGAGAGCCUCAUGCCUGUUGGUACAGAGCAGACACGUAAGGAAGCUAAUCUUCUUGACAACAAACCGAGGAAUCGCUUCAACAACGUCCUGCCAUACGACUGGUGUCGGGUGAAGCUCACUUCAUCAGAUGCCAAUGAAACAUCUGGCUACAUUAAUGCCAAUUACAUGCCUGGCUACAACAGCAGCAGAGAGUACAUUGCCACUCAGGGCCCUCUGCCCUCCACAGUCAAUGAUUUCUGGAGAAUGAUCUGGGAACAGAGAGUGAAAGGUAUUGUCAUGGUAACCAACUGCAAAGAGAGCGGAAAGACUAAGUGUGAACAAUACUGGCCUGGAGACAGCAAACCUCACAUGUAUGGAGAGCUGGUGGUCACCAUCAGAUAUGAGCAGAAGGAGCUUUUCUGGAUAUUAAGGAAAUUUACAGUAAAACAUAAGAACAGCUCAGAGGAACGCACAGUGAAACAUUUUCACUUCACCGCCUGGCCUGAUCAUGAUGUUCCACAGGGCACAGAGGUCCUGAUCCGGUUCAGAGGACUGGUGAGACAGCACAUAGAGAGAGAAGGGACUGGAGCACCUACUGUGGUCCACUGCAGUACCGGAGUAGGGAGGACAGGCACCAUUAUUGCCCUGGAUGUCAUGCUUCAGCAGCUUGAGAAAGAGAGAGCCGUUGGCAUCAACGCUUUCGUGCACAAGAUGAGGCUGAGUCGACCACACAUGGUGCAAACAGAGUCCCAGUAUGUUUUCUUGCACCAGUGCAUCAUGGACAGUCUGCAGCAAAACGAGAGGACUGCAGAGGACAUAUAUGAGAAUGAGUACAUGAUGUAUGCCAAUGCCACUGCACUCCUGCAGUUUCACAAAAGUAGCAACACUUAACUAUAUUGUUGUCUUUUGUGCAACUCAUUUAAAAGCUAAUGUCAAAUCCUACAUGCAAAGUUUGGUCUGAAAUUUUAAAUGACAAAAGUUUAUGUUGUAUAUUUACUGUAAAUGGAUAGCACACUUAAGAUUUGAAUUUGUUUUCUUGUCACCUCUUUAAUGUGUAAUAUUAGAAUGACUAUCAUGUGGGUGAAAAACACUCCUGAGGACAGAAGAAUGUUUUAAAAUUACAUUCAGAAACAAUGAUCUCAACUUGUACAAGACAUGAAAUAUUUUUUAUUAGAAAAAAAUAAAAUAAAUAAAUAGUACAGACUUUAUUGCACAGCAUCAGCUGGUCUCAAACUGUCAAAGAUUAGAACACUUUUUGGUUCCAGUGUUUGUCCUUCAAGGGUCAACAUUUACAACUUCUUUGUACAACAGACAGCACACCUGCUACACUCACAACCUCGAGGGGCUCGAUUUGACCAGCGUCAGAUGGUGGAGGCACGGAGAACUUUUUAGCGAUGUUGUGCAGAACACUGCACGCCUUGAUAAUAUUGGACUUUUUGGCCAAAGAGUUUUCUUGUGCAAAACAGAGUUGAUUUAAACACCUGAAGCGCCUCUUCAUGGAGCCGAGCGUUGUUCGCAUGACGUCGUGGAUCUUUGUGUGGGCCUCGUUGAAGCUGGUCUCGCUGUCAUUUGCAGGUUCUUCCACAGGAGUCAGGACAUGUUUGCUUAAGUUGUAGCCUUUCCCUGCUUUAAGAAAGACAAGAAAGAGAAUGAAAUUAAUCUAACAUCUGGACAACAAAACCCUAAUAUAUAUGAUGAACCUUAAAAUGUAAUGAAGUCUUUACAUCGAGUUGAGAAACUUAAUCAGAACCUACACGAGAAACAUCAAUCACCAAACUAGAAGUGAGUGUUUGUUAGAAUGUAAUGAAGAAAAAUGUGCAAUCUCUGAAACACAGAUGACAUUGUAAAUACUUUAUAUGAAGAACUGCACAGCUGUUAUGUAGGGUUCUAUUCAAAGGAUGUAAGGGGCAUAGUAUGUGUUUUAUGUUGUAAUAUGACUUACUCAGAAUAAAUUAUAAAAGUUACUUGUAAAAAAUG